UUCCGGAGCAGCCAUGGACCGCAACCCCUCGCCUCCGCCGGCCGGCUGCGAUCAGCACGAGGUGGACCUGGCCGCGGGCGACUGCAUCGGGAGCACGGUGUACAGCAAGCACUGGCUCUUCGGCGUGCUCAGUGGGCUCAUCCAGACCGUUACACCUGAAAAUGGCAAGUCCAGCUCAGACGACGAGGAGCAGCAAGUGGAGCUUGACGAGGACAUGGAGAAUGAAAUUUGCAGAGUGUGGGAUAUGUCAAUGGAUGAGGAUGUGGCUCUAUUUCUCCAAGAGUUUAAUGCCCCUGACAUAUUUAUGGGAGUACUGGCCAAAUCCAGAUGCCCCCGGUUAAGAGAAAUCUGUGUGGGAAUUUUAGGAAAUAUGGCCUGUUUCCAGGAGAUAUGUAUGUCCAUCAGCCAUGAUAAAAAUCUUGGGCAGGUGUUACUGCACUGUUUGUGUGACUCAGACCCACCUACUCUCCUGGAAACGAGCAGGUUGCUGCACACUUGCCUUUCCCAGAAGGAAGCGGCCAGCAUCUGGGUUCAGAGGAUCCGGGAACAUCCGGCCAUUUGUGACAGCGUGUGCUUCGUCAUGUCCAGUUCCACAAACGUUGACCUGCUGGUGAAGGUCGGGGAGCUUGUAGACAAGCUCUUUGACCUGGAUGAGAAACUGAUGUUGGCGUGGAUUAGACAUGGGGCCACUCAGCCUGGCGACCAACCUCAGGAAGGUUCUGAAGAGCAGCCAGCAUUUAGGAUUGUGCCCUGUGUACUGGAAGCUGCCAAACAAAUACGCUCUGAAAACCCAGAAGGGCUUGAUGUUUACAUGAAUAUCUUACAGCUGCUUACCACAGUGGAUGAUGGAGUUCAAGCAAUUGUACAGUGUCCUGAUACUGGAAAAGACACAUGGGAUUUACUUUUUGACCUGGUCUGCCAUGACUUCUGCCAGGCUGAUGACCCACCCAUCACACUCCAGGAGCAGAAAACAGUGCUGGCCUCUGUGCUGUCGGUUCUGUCUUCCAUCUACGCCUCACAGGCGGAGCAGGCGGGCCUGAAGACAGAGAAGGCAGAUCUUCCUCUAAUGGACAGCCUAAUUAGGGUGUUACAAAAUCUGGAACAUUGUCGGAAGAAACCAGAGGCUUCUUCAGAGUCUAACACAGAAGAAACCAAAACAUGUGAUUUAACCCAAGAUGACUUCCACUUGAAAAUCUUACAGGAUAUUUCCUGUGAAUUCCUGUCUAACAUUUUUCAGACAGUGACCAAGGAGACUGUGGCUCAGGGUCUCAAGGAGGGCCAGUUAAGCAAACAGAAGUGCUCCUGUGCCUUUGAAAACCUCCUCCCUCUCCACAGCCCUGCCGUAGAAGACUUUGUUAAAGUCCUACGUGAAGUUGAUAAAACCCUUGCCAGUGACCUGGAGGAAGACUUCCCGAGUUUGAAGGUUUAGACUUGAAACCCAAGUUGGAAUUUGUCCUGUUGAAGAAAUAAACUUUCUUUUUUAAUUUUGAAAUUGA